CGUUAAUUAUAGCCGUAUGUGUAAGGGGAGUGGCGACGCGUGACAUGAGCCAUCUAAGAAUAGCAUGUGUUUCAAUAACACUUUUAUGUUGGAAACUUUUUGUUGCUUAUAAAUUGGAUCACAGGUUAACUAUAGUUCUUUAAUCUAUUCUAUCUAGUGUUCUGCUUCCCAAACAAACAAACAAAUGAAGUUCUUGUUUUACCUUGUUGUGUUCUUUCUCCUCUUAAAUGGUUUCACAGCCAACAGAGUUGCAAAUUCCCUGAUUCGAGAUUCUUGUAAGAAAGCUUCAAAAAAUUCAGAACCACAUUACUACAAGUUCUGCAUUGCAUCUAUUAGCGAAAACCCGGAGAGUCAACAAGUAAAAACUAUCGAUGAAUUGAUCGGGGUAGGAGUGAAAAACGCUAUUUCUAACAUGACGAAUGUGAAAGGAAUUGUGGAGAGGAUUCUGAAGGAAAGAAAGUAUACGAGUAAACUAAGUGAGAAGAUGUUGCGCGUUUGUGUUAAGCUUUAUUCUGAGGGCACUAACUUGUUAAUCAAAUGUUUAGGGUACAUUAAAUUGCGGGAUUUUGAUAAACUCCACAAUACUAUUCGUCAUGCAAGAGUUGUUCCAAGAGAGUGUGAAAUGGGAUUCAAUGACGAUAAUAAACAGAAAUCUCCGGUGACAAAAGAGAACGAUGUUCUCUUCGACACCGUCGAAAUUGCUCAAGCUUUUAAUUACUAUGCUCAUGUAAAUCCGGAGAUUUAGUGUCUAGCCAAACAGUCCGUCAGUUAUAGGUGGCAAUGUUUCUUAUUUUGUUAUGAAAUAUUGAAUUAAUGAAAAAUAUAAGGUCAGAGUUUACAACUUCCAUGCAUGGAGAUAAGAGUGAA